AAAACCAUAGAUAAUGGCAGACAGCAAUGAGAUGACCAUCAACCUUGUUGUCCUUGGAAGAACUCAGACUGGCAAAAGUGCUGCUGGGAACAGCUUGUUGGGCAGCUCAGACUUUGCGAGUCAUUGCUCCCCAAGGUCUGUGACUACAUGCUGCAGCCUUGGUCACAGCUGCCGCAUUUCGGGGAUUAUACGAAGAAAAGGCCAUGAGUUCACUCUCCGUGUUCGCGUACUUGACACUCCAAGCUACCCUCACAGUGUUCUGAGCAAAGAGCAGGUGAGAGACACAGUGAGAUCAGCCCUGGCUCACCACUUCGGAGAGGAAGGCCUUCAUCUGGCUCUCUUAGUCCUGAGGGCUGACUUGCCUCUGUGUCCAGAUGAAUGUGAUCACACCAUUCAGUUCAUACAGGAACUUUUGGGUCCCACAUGGAAGGAUUUCACUGCAGUUCUACUUACUCAUGCAGACAAGGCAGAAGAGGCUGGAUUCAGUGAGGAAGCAUACUUGCACAGUGCACCAAGUACCCUGCUGUCACUUUUGAGCUCAGUACAACAUAAAUACAUUUUCCUAGACAACCAGAGGACCAUAAUUAAAGAGGAAAGAGCUAUUGUCUUAAGAAAGCUAUUAACUUUUAUAAGACAAAAUAAUUAUAAAGUACUUCGACUUAAACACAGCAAGGAAUUAAAAUAGCUUUCAGGUGCUCAUUUAUCUAUUUCCUAUGGUAGGUAACAUCAACUGGAAAAUUCCAG